AUGUCUGAUUCUACCCAAAAAGCAAACUAUGGUUCUACUAAUACUCCAGCUGCUGAAGUAGGCCCACGCACAGGGUCAGAUUAUGGGCAAGCGCCAGUUCCUUUAUCUGGGGCUGGCAAUAGUGCUAAUACCCAAGUAGAUGCUCCAAUUGAUGGGCAUUCUGAGUGUGGAAGUAUGCGAGUUACUGCGUCGGAACUUCGCUAUGUCGGCGGGGACCACUGGGCGGCCAUACUGGAAAACAUUGCUGAUUUAAAAGACCAUUUCGACAGGGAAGAACAGCUGAGACUUGCAAAUAGCCCCGAGGACCUGGAUGGUAACAGUGGUGAUCCAGCAAGUAAACCUAGGUCACCUCAUGCACUACUUUUAUAUGGAUGCCGUCGCCCAACUUCACGGUCUGAAAUACUUGCCGCUCUACCCCCAAAGAGUGCCGUGGAUCGCUAUAUUUCUCGCUAUUUUAACUGCCUGGACCUUGUGGCCUCUUCAGUGGUACAUGGUCCCAGCUUUCUAAAUCAAUACGAAUCUUUUUGGAAUAACCCAUCUGAUGCUCCGAUUGUCUGGGUUGGACUAUUAUUUGGCAUGAUUUGCCUUGCGUUGCUUGCCUCAGACCUGCCAUACGCGGCAUACAGUAACAAUGAAAUAGAGCAGCAAACUCUUCAGGCUGACCUAUACCGUGAAAAAAUAGUCCAAUGUCUCAUAAUGGGGGAAUAUACAAACUCCGGACCGUAUGUUCUGGAGGCAAUGAUCCAGUAUGUGUAUGUGGAGUAUAUCGUUCGAGCGGACGCUGGCAAGGAUAACUGGUUCUUACUUGCCAUCCAAGUGAAUCUGGCAAUGCGUAUGGGCUACCAUCGUGAUCCCAGUCAUUUUCCUGGCAUCUCUCCGCUACAGGGUGAAAUGCGACGCAGGGUGUGGGCAACGGUCCUCAUGAGUGAUAUUCUUGUUUCCAGCCAAAUGGGCAUGGCGCGAAUGAUUGCAGAUUGGAAGUGCGAUACUGCUGAGCCGCGAAAUUUGAAUGAUAAUGACAUGGAUGAAAAUACCACCGAACUACCCCCGCCUCGACCAGAAACCGAACAUACAACAGCUUUAGGUAUCAUUGCCCGGCGAAGGAUGUUAAUGGCGUUAGGCGCAAUCUCGGAUGUUACCGACGCAGUGAAACCCUCUAGCUAUGCAGAGGUCAUGCGAGUUGAUGGAAUUUUACAUGAUGCUGCUGCCAGUAUCCCUCCGCCGCUGAAAAUGAAGCCUAUGGCAUCAAGCGUGACUGACUCUCCACAGGUGAUUAUGGCUCGUCUGUUCAUUGGCCAUAUGUUCUAUAAAGGACAAAUAAUGCUUCACCGCAGAUUUCUAUACAUGGAGUCACCAGCAGGAGAGGAGGAUAAGUAUGCUUAUUCACGAAAUGCCUGUAUCGAUGCUUCACUUGGAACAUUAAAUAUACAGCAUGUCCUCGACGAAGAAACUUGCCAGGGGGGUCAGCUAUAUUCUAUGCGAUGGCGUGUGUCCUCCAUGAUGAAUCAUCAGUUUUUAAUAGGGACUAUGAUACUAUGCUCAUUACUACAUCGUGGAAAACAUCUGGAGAGAAAGCAGGAAAUCACUGCUGCACUCCGUACGACCCGUGCUAUUUGGAUGAGACGCAGUUCUCAUUCCCAGGAGGCCAAAAAGGCCGCUGAGACUGUGAGCAUUGUUUUGGCAAGAGUUGGGGAAGGACGAGUCCAAGGCGAGGAAAAUAGCGGAUUGUCUCAGGGUAUGGGGCCUUCAACCGACCCAGCCGCUUCUACUAUAAAUAGUAGCGAAGCGGGCAUGAACCUUGACGAAGGAGAGGUGUUAGCAGAUAGUAUGGGUAUGGGCUUUUAUGAACCGGAAAAAUUCGUGAUGCCAGGCCUUCUCGGAAGUUUCACACCUCCUGACCAGCAAAUCUUUUCCUUUGAUGUAAAUUCAUUAGAGAGGGGUGCGACUCUGGACGAUUGGAUGUUAAUGAACUGGCCUGGAAUGACAAGCUAG